AUGAUUCCCACGCUCCGACGUAGGGCGCCUUUUUCUAGCCUUUUUCCAGCCUUGCGCACCGUCGUCGCGUCGUCGCGUCCAACGUGGGAUGACGCGCUAACGGAGACGCAGGGCCGGGCAUGCUCGGAGGCUGCCAAGGACAAGGAAACGGUUCACGCUAUCCAAGGGGGAGUCAAUCCGGACUCUAGCGCGUUCCUGACGAUCGCACCGGCCGCUGUCCUCUUCAUAUAUCUGACUGUCGAUCUCUUGUAUUUCGGUGCGGUCGUCCGACUGGAUCCUUCAGCAAAAGGACAUACGGCGGAUGGGCAUACGGGCUAUCAAACACGCCGUGUUCCGAAUUCUUCCGGUGGCGUCCCGCUACUAGGGCAGUGGAGCUGUCGAGUACGUGUCCUUUAUACAUACUUACAAAGAUUAGCACUGACGAACCCUCGUGCAGCAAUGGCAAUAUCUGGAACCGGUCUCAUCGCGGUGCGCUAUAUCGAGCAAGCGAGUCUACAAUGA